AUGUAUGAAUGGGAUUGUAUUAUUGUUGGAGCAGGUAUUUUAGGUGCUUCAUUAGCUACAGUUUUUGGACGACAAAAACGAAAAACACUUUUACUUGAACGAGACAUUUCAGAACCGGAUAGAAUUGUUGGAGAACUUCUUCAGCCAGGUGGUAUAAAAGCAUUAGAGACAUUAGGAAUUGAAGAUACAAUAGAAGGAAUCGAUGCAGUUCAAGUCAAAGGAUAUCAACUUCUUUGGAAUAAUAAAUCUAUCAGUAUUCCUUAUACGAAUAAAAAAUUAUCAUAUCAUAAACAUAUAUCUUAUCAAGGACGUUCGUUCCAUCAUGGACGCUUUGUUAUGAAAUUGAGACAACAUGCAGUUGCCAAUGAAAGUGUGACGAUGAUUGAAUCAACAGUACUUAGCGUGAUUGAGAAUCCAUUAACACAACAAGUUUUGGGUGUGAAAACUUUUGUCAAAGCUACACAACAGUACGAACAUUAUUUUGCACCUUUAGUUGUCAUUGCAGACGGAUGUUUCUCAAGAUUUCGAAAACAAUUUAUAUCUAAACCAGUCACUGUCAAAUCGAACUUCGUUGGAUUAAUACUCGAAAAUGUUACACUUCCUAUGCCCUUGUAUGGUCACGUUAUCCUUAGUAAUUAUUCACCUAUCCUAAUGUAUCAAUUAUCGACACAUCACACACGAAUUUUGAUAGAUAUUCCAGGCAAACUUCCAUCAAGUACUACAGGACAACUUAAAAAAUACCUUAAAGAAGUUAUUACACCAAUUCUACCAGAAAAUAUUCAACCAUCAUUUACUAAGGCACUUAAUAAUCAAAAGAUUCGAUCUAUGCCCAAUUGUUUCCUUCCACCAUCCUUAAAUACAAAACCUGGAUUAAUUAUACUGGGAGAUGCUAUGAAUAUGAGACAUCCGUUAACAGGUGGUGGCAUGACAGUUGCCUUAAAUGAUGUUCUUUUACUUUCAGAUCUUUUAUCACCAUCUUCUGUUCCAUCCUUUCGAGACACUGAUCUUGUUUUACAUCAAAUGUUUCUCUUUCACUGGAAACGUAAAAAACUCAGUGCUGUCAUUAAUAUUCUUGCACAAUCACUUUACUUUCUUUUCUCUCCUACUGAUACAUAUUUAAAUAUUUUACAGAAAGGUUGUUUUCAGUAUUUCCAACUAGGGGGUAUUGCUAUUAACGACCCAAUUAGUCUAUUAUCUGGAAUUAAUCAUCAGCCACUACUUCUUUUUUUCCAUUUUUUUGCGGUGGUAUUUUACUCAAUAUAUCUCACGAUUUUAUCUUCCUUCAAUAUAUUUAACAUCUUUUCUGGAUUAAUAGUAUUUUUUCGAGCUUGUGAAGUUAUUUUUCCAUACAUUUGGAGUGAAUUAAUUCAUUAA